UGAGCGCUGCCAGGCGGGCGGCGGCCACACGCCCCGCCGCCGCCCGCCGACAUGCCGCCGCCGCCGCCCCGCGCCCCGCCGGCCUGAGCAGUGCGUGCCAUGCCCCGCCGCGCCCCGUGAGCCAGGCGCCAUGGCCGGCACGCCCCGCGCCGUGCGGCCCAGCCACAACUCCGCCUUCAGCGCCGUCGUCAGGAAAACCUUCUCGUCCUUCUCCGUGGACGCCAUACUCGCCCCCGACGCCAGGCCGACCCCCGCCCGCGACCCCCGCCCCCCCCACGCCCACGCCCACGCCGCGCCCACGCCGCCCCUACCGGACAGUGACCGUGAGGAAGACGAGGAGGAGGAGGAGCAGGUCGCCAGAGAGGAGGAAGAGGAGGAGGAGGAGGAGGAGGAGUGCCAUGAGGGCCGAGGGGUGCCAGUGGAGUCCGAGGAGGAGGCCGCGGAGGGCGAGGGCGGCCUGGCCGAGGACGAGGACGAGGGCGGCGGGCGGUGCGAGGCGGGGCUGCUGCUGCCCCGCGUGUUCCCCGGCACGCCCCGGGACCUGCCCCCGCCCCAGCCCCAGCUCCUGCUGCCCCCUGGCCUGCAGCCCGGCCUGUGGCCCCCCCUGCACCUCCUGCACCACCACCUCGCCCUCAGGGCCCUCGCCAAGACGCCGGAGCCGCCGCGGUUCCACGGGCCCGUCAAGGUGACGCUGCGGAAGCACAAGCCCAACCGCAAGCCGCGCACGCCCUUCACCACGCAGCAGCUGCUGUCGCUGGAGAAGAAGUUCCGCGAGAAGCAGUACCUCAGCAUCGCCGAGCGCGCCGAGUUCUCCGCCUCGCUCAGCCUCACCGAGACGCAGGUCAAGAUCUGGUUCCAGAACCGACGCGCCAAGGAGAAAAGACUCAAAGAGGCCGAGAUGGAGCGGCUGCGGUUCGCCUCCCGCCCCCUGCUGCCCCACGGCCCCCUGCUGCCCCCCGCCUCCCUCCUGCCGCACUUCCUGCUCUCCCACUCCUUCCCGCACCUCCACCAGGACCUGCGCCCCCCCCAGCCCGGCUACGCCCCCUCGUCCUCAGGCAGCUAGCGAUCCCAGGCCAUCCCUUUCCUUGUCCCCCCCCCCCUGAGCUGAACCCCUCCCUUACCUCUCCCCUCACCUGCCCUUAACGAGCCCUUCACCUGAACAGCCUCCCUACACCAAGGUCCCUCCCUCCCUCCCUCUCACUGGCUCUCCCUAACCCCUCACACCUCUCUCCCUUCCUCUUCCUCUUCCCUUCACUUACUCUCCAGUUUUUCUCUCCACCCCUCCCUUCUUCCCUUCCCUCCUUCCCUACCCCUCUUCCUUUCCUCCCUUCCCUUCCCUCCCUCCCUUCCUUACUUCCUUCCCUUCCCUCCCUCUCUCCUUCCUUCCCUUCAUCCCUUCAUUCCUUCAUUCCUCCUCUCCUCCUUCCUUCCCUCCUCCUCCUCCUCCUCCUCCUCCUCCUCCUACUCCUCCUCUCUCCUUCAGGUCAAUAGAAAACGUAAUUUGGUAGUUCCUGAGGUUGCUUAUUUUUUAUCCCAUUUUCUUCGAUGUUCUUUUUUAGGAUAACUUGUGUAUAAUUUUUGUGAUCUUGCGUGUGUGUGUGUGUGUGUGUGUGUGUGUGUGUGUGUGUGUGUGUGUGUGUGUGUGUGUGUGUGUGUGUGUGUGU